ACAGCUCUAAUUCCAGCUCCAGCUUCCACUUCAACUUAACCAUCAGCUUCAAGAUGAAAUUCUUCGUGUGCUUUGCUCUCAUCGCUGUCGUUGCCUCCGCCGUGGCUAACCCCACCAGCGGUACCUCCGUUUCCGUCGCCAACCAGGAGUCAGAGGCUGAGGCCGCUGCCGGCCAGGGUUAUGGUGAUCUGACCCGUCUGCGCAAGUCCGCUUAUGGCGGCAGCUCCGGCGGCUAUGGCGCCUCCAGCGUGCCAGCUCCUCCCUGCCCCAAGAACUACCUGUUCAGCUGCCAGCCCAACCUGGCUCCAGUUCCUUGCAGCGCUCCAGCUCCCAGCUACGGAUCCGCCGGCGCCUACUCCUCGCCAGUGGCCGCCUACGCUGCCCCCAACUAUGGCGUGCCACAGCAGCAGCAGCUCUAUGGCGCCUACAUGCCCCAGGCCUACGGAUUCCAAUACUAGAAGAUCCUCGAUCGACCCAGGAACUUGAAUUUGACACGGCUUCCACAGCUGCCGAGAAACAAAAAUCUUUGCUUAUCUAAAAGAAAACGAACAAAAAAAUAAAUGAACAAAUUUUCCUACAAUGCAA